UCUGUAUAUAACAGCUUCAUUUGGCUCAAACCUUUCGUAUCAGUUUCAAGUGCUAAUUUCUAUAGCAAUGGUGUCUCAAAAUGUUUUUGUUUUACACACUUUCAUCUUUUGUUCUGUUCUGCUUACUGCUGCUCAAUCUGCAGAACCAAGCAUAGAAGCUGAAGUUGAGGCCUUGAAGGCCUUCAAGAAUGCCAUCAAGCACGACCCUUCAGGAGCACUUGCAGACUGGAGUGAAGCAAGCCAUCACUGCAACUGGACUGGUGUUGCCUGCGACCAUUCCUUGAAUCAAGUCAUUGAGAUUUCUCUUGGUGGGAUGCAGCUCCAAGGCGAGAUAUCUCCGUUUAUUGGCAACAUUUCAGGCCUCCAGGUUCUUGAUUUAACUUCAAAUUCUUUCACAGGGCACAUUCCACCUCAGCUGGGACUUUGCUCACAGUUGAUUGAACUUGUUCUUUAUGACAAUUCCUUUUCGGGUCCUAUUCCUGUAGAAUUAGGAAACCUUAAGAAUUUGCAGUCUCUAGAUUUAGGUGGCAAUUAUUUGAAUGGAAGCAUUCCUGAGAGCCUUUGCGACUGCACCUCCCUGCUGCAGUUGGGUGUGAUUUUCAACAAUCUGACUGGCACAAUACCAGAAAAAAUAGGAAACUUAGUUAACCUGCAACUCUUUGUAGCUUAUGGGAACAACUUGAUUGGUUCAAUACCUGUUUCCAUCGGAAGGUUGCAAGCUUUGCAAGCUUUAGACCUAAGUCAAAACCACUUGUUUGGGAUGAUACCUCGAGAAAUAGGGAACUUGUCAAACUUAGAAUUUCUUCUCUUGUUUGAGAAUUCCCUUGCUGGGAACAUCCCUUCUGAACUAGGCCGUUGUGAGAAGCUGGUUGAACUUGAAUUGUACAGUAAUCAGUUGAGUGGAGUAAUCCCCCCAGAGCUAGGAAAUUUGAUCUAUUUGGAGAAACUGAGACUCUACAAAAAUAGGCUAAACUCAACCAUUCCACUGUCCUUGUUCCAGUUGAAAUCGUUAACCAAUUUAGGACUCUCAAAUAAUAUGCUAACUGGAAGAAUAGCUCCUGAAGUAGGAUCUUUGAGGUCAUUGCUGGUGCUGACUCUGCAUUCAAACAAUUUCACUGGGGAAAUUCCUGCCUCCAUAACAAACCUGACAAAUUUAACGUACUUGUCUUUAGGCUACAAUUUCCUCACGGGAGAGAUUCCUUCGAAUAUCGGAAUGCUUUAUAAUCUGAAGAACCUUAGCCUACCCACCAACUUCCUGGAGGGAUCCAUACCCACAACUAUCACCAAUUGUACCCAACUUUUGUAUAUAGAUUUAGCUUUUAACAGAAUAACAGGGAAACUUCCACAGGGCCUGGGACAGUUGUAUAAUCUAACAAGGCUAUCCCUUGGGCCAAAUCAAAUGUCGGGGGAAAUACCAGAAGACCUUUAUAAUUGCUCCAAUCUUAUAAUCUUAAGCUUGGCAGAGAACAAUUUCAGUGGAAUGCUAAAACCAGGCAUUGGCAAACUCUACAAUCUCCAGAUUUUGAAAUAUGGCUUCAAUUCACUUGUAGGGCCAAUCCCACCGGAGAUUGGAAAUUUGACUCAACUUUUCUUUUUAGUACUUUCUGGAAAUAGCUUUUCAGGCCAUAUUCCACCAGAGUUAUCCAAGCUUACUGUACUCCAGGGGCUCGGCCUUCAUAGCAAUGCUUUAGAAGGUCCAAUACCUGAGAACAUUUUUGAACUGACACGUCUAACUGCUCUCCGGCUGGAGCUCAACAGGUUCACGGGUCCAAUUUCUACUUCUAUCUCAAAACUGGAAAUGCUUUCGGCCUUGGAUCUCCAUGGAAACCUACUUAAUGGGUCUAUUCCAACGAGUAUGGAACAUCUCAUUCGACUAAUGUCUCUUGAUCUCUCUCACAACCAUCUUACAGGGCCAAUCCCUGGAACUGUGAUGGGAAAGAUGAAAAGCAUGCAAAUAUUUCUAAAUUUAUCAUACAAUCUCUUAGAUGGUAACAUUCCACAAGAGCUUGGAAUGUUGGAAGCAGUACAGGCCAUUGAUCUUUCAAACAACAAUCUUUCAGGAAUCAUUCCUAAAACACUUGCAGGCUGCAGAAAUUUGUUCUCUCUUGAUCUUUCAGGUAACAAGCUCUCUAGCUCAAUUCCCGAAAAGUUGGCAGAACUGAAGCAUCUAAGCACCCUGGACCUUUCUAGAAAUCAGUUGGAGGGCAUAAUUCCUUAUAGCUUUGGAAAUCUUUCUAGCUUGAAGCAUCUUAACCUGUCUUUCAAUCAUCUUGAAGGCCGCGUCCCUGAGUCUGGUUUAUUCAAAAACAUCAGCUCAUCUAGUUUGGUUGGAAAUCCUGCUCUGUGUGGAACAAAAUCUUUGAAGUCCUGCAGCAAGAAGAAUUCACAUACCUUUUCCAAGAAGACGGUGUUGAUCCUCCUUGCAAUUGGAGUGGUGUCCAUAUUUUUAGUUCUUUCCGUGGUGAUUCCAUUAUUCCUCCAACGUGCCAAAAAGCAUAAAACAACAAGUACCGAGAAUAUGGAGCCAGAGUUCACUUCAGCACUGAAACUCAUUAGGUAUGACAGGAACGAAAUGGAAAAUGCUACAAGUUUCUUCAGUGAAGAAAACAUAAUCGGCGCCAGCAGUUUGAGCACUGUAUACAAGGGUCAAUUGGAAGAUGGCAAGACUAUAGCUGUUAAGCAACUGAAUUUUCAGAAGUUCUCUGCAGAAUCUGACAAGUGCUUCUACAGAGAAAUCAAAACGUUGAGCCAACUUAGGCAUAGGAAUCUGGUUAAGGUACUUGGCUAUGCCUGGGAGAGUGCUAAACUGAAGGUUUUAGUUUUGGAAUACAUGCCGAAUGGAAGCUUGGAGAGCAUCAUACAUAACCCUCAGGUUGAUCAGUCAUGGUGGACACUGUAUGAGAGAAUCAAUGUUUGUGUUUCCAUUGCAAGUGCUUUAGAGUACUUGCAUUCUGGCUAUGACUUUCCAAUCGUACACUGUGACUUGAAGCCCUCUAACGUGCUGUUGGAUGGUGAUUGGGUGGCCCAUGUGAGCGACUUUGGAACAGCUCGAAUUCUGGGCGUUCACCUGCAGGAUGGGAACGGUCUCUCCUCAGCAUCAGCCUUUGAAGGCACCAUUGGCUAUAUGGCACCAGAGUUUGCAUACAUGAGGAGAGUGACGACUAAAGUAGAUGUCUUCAGCUUUGGGAUUGUAGUAAUGGAGGUCCUCAUGAAACGGAGGCCAACAGGACUCACAGACAAGGAUGGAUUGCCAAUCAGCUUGCGUCAACUAGUCGAAAGGGCCCUCGCCAAUGGCAUCGAUGGACUUCUUCAAGUACUGGACCCAGUGAUUACCAAGAAUCUCACCAAGGAGGAAGGAGCAUUGGAGCAGCUCUUUCAAAUAGCCUUUUCUUGCACCAAUCCAAAUCCUGAGGAUAGACCUAACAUGAAUGAGGUGUUGUCUUACCUUCAGAAGAUAAGUGCAAGAUAAUCGAAAUUGGUGGUGAUCUCACUCAAGCAUGCAGCAUGAUACAGAAACAAAUUGUCGGCUGCAUAUUAAAGAAGAAAGGCAGACUGGAGACUCAAUUUCACAGCAAAUGCUUCCACUAUGUCGAGAAUCGAUAGUGUGUAAUCGUGUUCUUAACAAUAUCGAAAUACAUUGUUCUGUUAUAAUGACACAAAAAAUCAAGGUUUAGCAAUUUCCAGUUGACAAUUUCAUCUA